AAAGCUUUCAUUUUCUCCAUUAAAGCUUAAUCUCUGCAAACUUCACUCUUCAAAUCAUUUCUCUCUUAAAACAUCAUCUUCAAAAGGGUCUUCUUGUUCCUUCAUAAUUUGUUUAGAUACGAUCCUUUUCCUUACAAAUGGCGCUCGAAACUUGGCUGAUAAAAGUGAAAAAAACCAAAUCGGCCAACACCCUGGACACUGCAAAAUCUUCAAGACAUAAAUACAACGUCGAGGUUUUGUCCUUCGAAAUCGCCGGCCUUAUGUCAAAGCUUCUUCAUCUAUGGAACUCGCUCUCAGACAAGACCAUAAUCCGUCUUCGUAAUGAAUCCAUUUCGCUCGAAGGAAUCUCCAAGAUCGUCUCCGAUGACGAGUCUUUCUUGCUGGGGUUAGCCUGUGCUGAAAUUACGGAAAACGUUAGGCUGGCAGCCAAGGCUAUUUCCAGGUUCAGCACCCGGUGCCAUGAUGCCAAGCUUCGAUGUUUCGACCGGUGGUUCGACGAGUUCGCCGACUCGGGCAACGAUUUUCACGGAUGGGUUUUGAGUAAUAAGGACAUGGAAGCUAAGAACAAGAAGAUGGAAAAGCUGGUCGCUGUUACUUCCACUCUGUGUAAGCAAAUGGAGGAGUUGUCGACGACGGAGAACGGUUUGAGAAAGUGUUGUGUUCCGAUCAAAGAGCAGAAGUUUAUUGAUCUACAGCAAAAGCUUUUGUGGCAAAAACAAGAGGUUAAGAAUUUAAAAGAAAAUUCCCUGUGGAACGAAAGCUUCGACAUGGUUGUUUCCAUGCUCGUGAGAUUGGUCUUCACUAUUCUACACAGGAUCAAGUUUGUUUUUGGUCAUGGCCAUGGCUAUUACCAUUAUCCACCUUUGCCUCGAAGCCUUUCGACUUCGGCAACCGUGUACCCCACUGUAAACCCAAACACUUAUAACUUCGUAUCCGGGCCAUUGAAGGGUAAUAUCAAUUUUUUCGACUCGAAUUCGAAGUUUCUGAAGCCUCCUCCGAGUACAUUAGGUGCUUCGGCUUUAUCGUUACAUUAUGCGAAUCUAAUUAUCGUGUUGGAAAAAAUGAUAAAAUCACCACAGUUGGUUGGUAUUGAAGCAAGAGAUGAUCUGUAUUCGCAGCUUCCUAGCAGUAUUCGGUCGGCAUUAAGGGCGAGAUUGAAAGGAGUUGGGUUCUCGGCGAGUGACUCGGUGCUUGCGGGUGAGUGGAGAACGGCUCUGGGGAGGAUAUUGGGCUGGUUGUCGCCAUUGGCACAUAACACGAUCAAAUGGCAAAGUGAGAGGAGCUUCGGGCACCAGAAUUUGUUGCCCAGAACGAAUAUUCUUCUUUUGCAAACACUCAACUUUGCUAACAAGGAGAAGACUGAAGCUGUCAUUACUGAGUUGCUGGUGGGUUUGAAUUACAUUUGGAGAUUCGAAAGGGAAAUGACAGCCAAGGCCUUGUUCGAAUGCAAUUUGCAGAAUUCAAGUUAAGGAUUAGAAAUGGAGCUUUAAUGAGUUUGAUUUUC